ACUCCUGCACCGAUUAAUAAAUUCAUGCAGCUCUAUAAUUUAUUUGCAUAAAGCAGCGAGAGCUCGAUCAUCAUCAGGAACUAUCUACCCCCUUCAAUUUGCAGCCGCAAUUAAUCUAUCGGUCGUCGUCAGCUUGCGAGCGACAAGGCGCGACAGAUCGAGAUGAUGGAAAGCAGUGGUGGUAGUGGCAGCAGUGAUCCGUUGCUGCUGGCGCCGGGAUUCAGGUUCUACCCGACGGAGGAGGAGCUGCUGACCUUCUACCUCCGGCACCGCCUCGCCGGCACCAAGCCCGUCGUCGAGCACCUGAUCCCCGUCAUGGACAUCUACGGCUACCACCCCUCCGAGCUCCAGGCGAUGGCCGGCGCGGCGAACGUGUGCGACACGGAGCAGUGGUUCUUCUUCUGCCCCCGCGCGGAGCGGGAGCUGCACGGUGGGCGGCCCGCGCGCACCACGCCGUCGGGCUACUGGAAGGCCACUGGGUCGCCGUCCUACGUCUACUCCUCCUCGCCCAACAACCGGGUCAUCGGGGAGAAGCGCACCAUGGUCUUCUACCAGGGCCGCGCGCCCACCGGCAACAGGACCCGCUGGAAGAUGAACGAGUACAAGGCCGUCGCCGACGAUGCGCCGCCGGCGCCAGGGGCGCCCGUCAUGGUACGUCCGUCCGUCCGUCCGUCCGUCCUUGUGCAUGCAUUUAUUUUUAAUGAUGACGGUAAUCAGGUCGUACAGCAAGUUUUGAUGACGCAACUGCUAGCAUUCGAUGUUAUUAAUUGUAUCUGCCAUGUCUGCAAGCAGCUGCGGAACGACUUCAGCGUCUGCCGGGUGUACAUCAGCACGGGCACGCUGAGGUCCUUCGACCGCCGGCCGCUCAACCGGCCGGGCGGCCUCGCCGUCGUCUCCGCUCAUCAACAAGCCGUCCACUGCGGUUACCAACAGCAACAGCUACAGCCACAGCUACCGCCACCAGCGGCGGUGGCGAAGACGACGACGAGACACCACCAUCAGCAGAUGCAUGCUGCGGUCGUCGUGGACGACGACGCGGCCGACAGCAACGGACGGCAUGCAGCGGCGGCGGAGAACUCCCACGACAGCUCGUCGUCGGGGUCGCGGGGCGGCGUGGACGGAGCAGAAGACGCCGCCAUGGCCAUCGACUGGGACUCGCUCAUCCCUCCUGUGGAUGAUCUCGCCUUCAGAGGCGUCGAUGACUUGACCCGUGUCAUUUGGCCCCAUAAUUGA